AUGUCGUACCUGGUGCCGUCCGAGUACUUGCAGAAGUUCACGCCGAAGGAGAUCCAAGACCUGAAGCGGGUGUUCAAGCAGUUUGACGCGGACUUGAAUGGGUCGAUUGACGCUGAGGAGCUGUCGAAGCUGCUCUUGUCAGUCGGAGAACAGCCAUCGCCAGAGCUGGUCAAGGAACUCAUCGCGUCUGUCGACACGGAUCACAGCAACACAAUUGAGUUUCCUGAAUUCCUCACGCUUUUGUAUGAACUUCGUCAUCCCGUUCCAAAUGCUGCACCGGUGCAUUACCCGACAGGGCCGACAUUCUGCAACGAUUCGGCUGCCGCAUUGGGGGGGUGGAACACGACGUUUGAAAAGCCUGCCUCGCCCGCCGCGUCGUCUCCAAGCAGCUUUGCACCCAAAGCGAGCUCUGCGUUCACUGCCGCGGCUGCAACCUUUAACAAGGGCACGAGCGUUCCGAUGCCUGCCGCCAAGUUGAAGAAGCCGGCAACUCAACGUGCAACAAAUCCGGCGCCAGCUCCCGUCGCUGCUCCUGUCGUGGCCUCACCUGAACCCAUCCGCAAGUCGUCGGUGGCUGAAAACGCCGCCAAAUUCGGUGCCACGAAGAAGACGACGUCGCCAGCGCAAUCUCCGGCGCUAGGCCCGGCCGCCCAUCCACCUGUUCAGCGCGUGCCGUCACAACUCGCGACAAUCGUGCAAAAGCACUUGACAAUCAAUGAGAGCCAUAGCGCAACGGGUGGGGUGCAUUCGUACUCGGAGGAGGAAAAGGCCGCGUUUGCCGAGCACAUCAACCACUGUCUCUCGGGCGACGACCAUCUGCCGUACCUCCCCAUGGACACAUCGUCGAACGCGCUCUUUACCUCAGUCACGGACGGCAUUUUGUUGUGCAAACUCAUCAACCAGGCUGUGCCCGACACCAUCGACUUUCGCGCCGUCAACAUUAAGGCGAAACUGAACCUGUAUGAAAAGACGGAAAACCUCAACUUGGUCAUCAACGCAGCCAAGUCGAUCGGGUGCUCGAUUGUGAACAUUGGCCCGAGCGACCUCUUGGAAGGAAAGCCGAUCCUUGUGCUGGGUCUGGUCUGGCAACUGAUCAAGAUCCAACUCACGUCGACCAUCAAUUUGAAGAAUCACCCAGAGCUCAUGCGGCUGCUGCUGGAUGGCGAGUCGCUCGAAGACUUUAUGAAGCUGCCGCCGGACCAGAUUCUCCUGCGGUGGGUUAACUACCACCUCGCGGCCGCCAAGCACGACAAAAAGAUUGCUAACUUUGGCCGCGACAUUGCCGAUGCAACCGCGUACAGCGUCCUCUUACACCACAUUGCAGCGUCCAAGUGCGACUUGGCGAGGGAGUCGACGGCCGUCGAACGGGCGGCGCACGUGAUUCGAAAUGCCGAGAAGAUUGGAGUCGAUCCAUUUAUCAAACCGACAGACAUCACGAUGGGAAACACGAAGCUCAACUUGGGCUUUGUCGCACAGCUCUUCAACACGUGCCCAGCACUGGACGUGGUCGACGCGGCUGAGCUGAAGGAUAUCUUGGACGACGACGUGGGGGACAGUCGCGAGGAGCGGUGCUUUCGCAUGUGGAUCAACUCGCUUGCAAUCCAUGACGUUUAUGUCAACCACUUGUACUCGGACCUCAAGGACGGGCUCGUGAUCCUGCACUUGCUCGACAAGACUGAGCCUGGCGUCGUCAGCUGGCCCAAGGCAAACGUCCAGCCCACGAACAAGUUUAAGAAGGUCGAGAACUGCAACUACUGUGUGGUGCUGGGGAAGCAGCUCAAGUUUUCUCUGGUGAACGUGGGUGGCGUCGACAUUGCGGACGGCAACAAGAAGCUCGUGUUGUCGCUCAUUUGGCAGCUCAUGCGCCACAGCACGAUCAAGCUGCUGUCGUCGCUCGGCCAAGACGUGCAUGACAAGGACAUCAUUGACUGGGCCAACGCGAAAAUCCAGUCGUCCGGCCAGCAGAAGCUUCGUCCGAUGGUUCAAUUCCGCGAUCUGGCGCUGUCGGACGGGAUCUACUUGAUCGACUUGGUCUAUGCUGUCGAGCCCCGCGCUGUGAACUGGGACGCCGUUGUCCUUGGGUCAAACCUGAGUCAGGAAGACAAGGAAGCGAACGCCAAGUACGCGAUCUCAUGCGCGCGAAAGAUCGGGGCCACCGUGUUCCUGACCUACGAAGACAUUGUGGAAGUCAAGCCCAAGAUGAUCAUGACGUUUGUCGCGUCGCUCAUGUCGCUGGACAAGCACUAA